AUGGAAGAGAAUAAGACGGAUCCUGACUUGCGAGAGCCUGCCAAGGUGGAGAAGAAGAGUAGGGUUUCAUCCCGGCUGUUCGCAUUCUUGAGCUGUUGCUCAUCUUCCAAUGUCGACCCCGAGGAUACGGCUAUCCCCGCAAAGCGGACGACUCGCCGACCAUCAGUCCCAAGUACUCAGCCUACCCCGGAAAAGGCUGAAACUCACCAGGGUGAUUCGAGCACUGCGGAGUCCAAGGAGCCGAGCUACUAUCGGGAUGAGAAGGCAAAUACGACUGUGACGUCCGACCAGCCGCCGUCGCAGGUGGACGAAGAGCAGACCGUCAGUGGCCCGGAUCAAGGCUCGCAGCUCGAUGGCACGGCGUCGUCUCCGGCCCAGCACGAAUCGGGUCACGAGGUUUCGCAGAAGGAGAAGUCUGAAGCACGGGAUAUGGUGACAGCACAGCAUGAAUCCAGUGCAGUUCCGCCGCCUACUGUAACAGAGAAAGUCGAGGAGCCCUCUCAGAAACCUGAGGAACAUGUAACAUUCUCAGUGCCACCACAGAGAGUCGAUGAUUCUCCUGCCCAAACGGACGAGUCCACCGCAAAGCCAGCUGUACCCGAUAGCGUUGGCCCAAAGGACGAGAAGUACUCUACGCACGAAGAAGAGGCAGUUGAUCUACCAGCCGAGCUACCGCCGCCGCCGCCGCCACUCGUUCCUUCAGGGCAACAGCCAGAAAAUGAGAGUCACGACAGGGGGCAACAAUGGCUGCUCCCCCCACCUCAGCCUCACCUACGCGACCGGAAAUGCCUGGUCCUCGACCUGGAUGAAACCUUGGUCCAUAGUAGUUUUAAGGUUCUCGAGCGCGCCGAUUUCACUAUCCCCGUCGAGAUCGAGGGUCAAUACCAUAAUAUUUAUGUGAUCAAGCGGCCCGGGGUCGAUCAGUUCAUGAAACGGGUCGGGGAGCUGUACGAAGUUGUUGUGUUUACGGCAUCUGUCUCGAAGUACGGUGAUCCACUGUUGGAUCAACUGGACAUCCAUAAUGUUGUCCACCACCGACUUUUCAGGGACAGUUGCUACAACCAUCAAGGCAACUAUGUGAAGGAUCUUUCUCAAGUCGGUCGCGACCUUCGAGACACGAUAAUUAUCGAUAAUUCUCCCACGUCAUAUAUAUUCCACCCUCAACACGCGAUACCCAUCAGCAGCUGGUUCUCUGACGCCCAUGAUAAUGAGCUUCUUGAUCUGAUUCCCGUUCUGGAAGAUCUCGCUGGUACACAAGUGCAAGACGUUAGUCUGGUUCUUGACAUUGCAUUGUAA